UCUGCCUCCCACCUUCCUGGCAUUGUUGUCUGUCGGGUCAGGUGGGCAUUUGGGUCUCUUCAACGGUGACAGACAGGGCAACAUCAGGCGACAUUUGGGUCUCUUCAACGUUGAGGUCACCCACCUUCUUGGCGUUGAGCACCAUCUCAUUCUGCAACUUCAGGCGGUGCACGAGGAACUCAGCCAAAGCGCACAAGUAGUCGUUCCUGCGAAUAUGGGACGGCACCCCGCAUGUGAUGGAAACACUCGGACUCCCCAAAGUGAUGUGCUCUGCCUCGGGAGCCGGGGGUCCCAGCCGCCUUUGCAGAGCGUUGGCGAUGCGGUUCACUGCAGAGCGCCUGUUGUCAUGCUCAACAGAGGAAGAGGUGACGUUGACGAGGCCUAGGUGUGAGGCGAGGAGGGCUGGGACGUCGGGGUAGUGGUGUGGAUGGCUGCUGCUGCCAGAACCUGAUGACAGCCGAUGGAGCAGCGAUUUCCGCUGGUGGAUGAAUUUGUGGUGGAUGCAGCAGAUGGGGCGGGGAGGGACCAAGAGAAACAGCAACGGCAGCGGCAAGGAAAGGCGGAGCACCAUCG